GCGGCUAUUUUUAACCCUCGUGGGGCCUCGGCCUUCGUUCGUUUAAGAAUCGAGAGCCCUUGCUCGCGCCUCUCCUCUCCACUCUCUUCUCAACAAUGAAGCCCCACAAACUCCUAAACCCUCAGACCCUAAAACCCUACAAGCUCCGACCCACUUUCCCCACAAACCACCCUCCCUCCGCCGCACCUCUUUCUUCCGUCGCUCAUCCAACCGCCCCGACAACCCCUCCUCCACCAAUCACCCACCACACUCUCCUCACCUCCAUCCAUUCUUCUCAGUGGCAUUUCAUCGAACACCUUCCGCCCAACAUUCCCCCGUCUCUAAUCUCCGACGCCCUCUUCGACCUCCGCAAAAGCCCUGAACUUGUCCUCGAGUUCAUCUCCCACUUCGAGUUUCACCGCCUCGAUGUCGACACCCGCUGCCUCGCCAUCGCCAUUGUCGCCCAACCUUCCCCAAAACGCACUUUGGAGCUCCUGAAGCAAGUGGUUGGUAGUGGCAAUGCUGGUGUUAGGGAGAUUUUUGAGGCUUUGGCACUUUCGAGAGAGCGUUUGGGUGCAAAAAGUAGCCUCGGGUUUGAUUUGCUGGCGCAGGCUUGCUGUGAAAUGAAUAGGGCUGAUGACGCUCUUGAGUGCUUUUACUUGAUGAAAGGCAAAGGUGUUUUGCCUAAUAAUUUGACGUGCAAUGACAUGUUGAAUAUGUUCUUGAAGAUAAAUCGAACGGAUAGGGCGUGGGUUUUGUAUGCCGAGAUGUUUAGGUUGAAGAUCAAGUCCAGCGUUUCUACCUUUAACAUAAUGAUCAAUGUGUUGUGUAAAGAAGGGAAGCUGAAAAAGGCAAAGGAGUUUGUUGGGUUUAUGGAGACUUUAGGCAUUCAGCCUAAUGUUGUCACUUAUAAUACUAUAAUUCACAGAUAUUGUUCGAUUGGGAGAGUUGGAGGGGCUCAGAUGAUCUUUUGUGCAAUGAAAGGUAAAGGCGUUGAGCCGGAUUCUUAUACUUAUGGUUCGCUUAUUAGCGGCAUGUGCAAGGAAAGAAGACUUGAGGAAGCAUCUGGGCUUUUCGAUAAAAUGCUGGAACUUGGGCUGGUUCCAACUGCUGUGACAUAUAACACCUUGAUUGAUGGUUAUUGCAACAAAGGUGACCUGGACAAGGCUUUCGGUUAUAGAGACGAGAUGGUGAAGAAGGGUAUACUGCCAACUGUGUCAACCUACAAUAUGUUGAUUCAUGCAUUGUUAAUGGAAGGAAAGAUGGCUGAAGCUGAUGAUAUGGUCAAAGAAAUGAAGGAUAAGGGCUUGGAUCUUGAUGCAAUUACAUAUAAUAUCCUUAUUAACGGCUAUUGCAGAAGUGGGGAUGCAAAGAAAGCCUUUAGCCUCCGUGAUGAGAUGUUGAUUAAAAGGGUAGAGCCUACCAAGGUAACUUAUACAUCACUUAUUUACGUUCUGAGUAGAAGGAAAAGAAUGCAGGAGGCAGAUGACUUGUUUAAGAAAUUGCUGCGAAAGGGUAUACUGCCGGAUCUUGUGAUGUUCAAUGCCUUGAUUGAUGGUCACUGUGCUAAUGGUAACAUGGAGCGUGCAUUUGCACUUUUGGAGGAGAUGGAUAAGAUGAAGGUUCAUCCAGAUGAAGUGACUUACAAUACCCUAAUGCAAGGGCGUUGCAGGGAGGGGAAAGUUGAGGAAGCCCGUCAACUUAUGGAGGAGAUGAAGAGAAGGGGAAUUAAACCUGAUCACAUUAGUUUCAAUACCCUCAUUAGUGGUUACAGUAAAAGAGGUGAUUUGAAGGAUGCCUUUAAAGUUCGGGAUGAGAUGUUGAGUAUAGGUUUCAAUCCUACUGUUCUAACUUACAAUGCCCUCAUACAAGGCCUAUGCAAAAACCAAGAAGGCGAUCUUGCGGAAGAGCUCCUGAAAGAAAUGGUGAGCAGAGGCAUCAGACCUAAUGACAGCACAUAUUACUCUCUGAUUGAGGGCAUUGGGAAUGUUGACGAAUUUUUGAGGAAGGGUGAUCCAUGAAUUUUCCGUCCACAUUCUCUACUUUCAAGGAGAAAAGGGUGGUCUCAAACCAAAAUUCUGCCCGUCAGAUACUCAGCUCAGAUAUCUAUCUUAUUCAAUAGUUAUGUUGUAGUUGAUUCGAAAUAAACUGAAUGGGUUCACAAAGGACGCACUGCUGUAAGAUUAUUUAACCUUUCCUUUGUCGUUCUUUAUUUACUUGUUGGUCAUGACUAGUGAGCUAUACCAUGUACAUAUAUUAGACUUGAAUUUCGUUUGAUUGUAAAUUAUGUCAUGCAUCUCCAUAAAGAGAGCACUGUCAUCAAGUUAAUUUACAGCUACGUCUGUCAUAUUUGGUUAAUAAAUGUGUUUUAGAAUUUUAUUGUA